AAUUCAAAAUGGCAGAAACUAAACGUCAAAACAACAUUCAUGUUAUCGCAACGCAAAUUGAAUUUUAAAAUUGUUUUGUAAAUUAGUUAUUGAUCAUUGUCGUCGCUUUAAAUGUAAUCUAAUAAUUGGACUACAGUUCUACACAUCGACAUUGAAAAGCCGUGCAGAAAAUGUCCGAAUCGUAUGAUUAUCUUUUUAAAUUCCUUGUUAUUGGCCAAGCUAACACUGGUAAAAGUUGUUUGCUGCAUCAUUUUAUCGAGAGUAAAUUUAAAGAAGACAGUUCACACACCAUUGGCGUCGAAUUCGGUUCGCGCAUCGUUAACGUUGGCGGCAAAUCGGUAAAAUUGCAAAUAUGGGACACAGCCGGUCAGGAACGUUUCCGAUCGGUUACGCGUUCCUACUAUCGCGGUGCUGCUGGUGCAUUACUCGUCUACGAUACAACGUCACGUGAAUCGUUCAACACAUUGUCAAAUUGGUUGAACGAUGCACGGAAAAUGGCUAGUCCGCAAAUUGUCAUUCUGUUGGUGGGUAACAAAAAAGACUUGGAAGAAGCUAGACAAGUGACGUUCUUGGAAGCGAGUACUUUUGCACAGGAAAAUGAUCUGAUAUUUCUGGAAACUAGCGCCAAGACCGGCGACAGUGUUGAAGAAGCUUUUUUAAAAUGCUCGAAAACUAUUUUGGCUAAAAUAGAAACGGGUGAAUUGGACGUGGAACGAAUAGGCAGUGGCAUUCAAUACGGUGAUGCGGCAGCUCGAAAUCUACAGAAUAAUCAACGAUCGUCUCGACAGGACUGUUGCAGAAUUUAAAUUUAUUAGUUGUUGAAUUGACUAUCUCGAUUCAUUCUAUUUCUUUUGCAUUUUUGUUUUUUAUUAUGAGAUAAAUGCAUUAGACAUGCAGACUACUUAAA